UUAUUGCAAUGAUAAUUUCUUAUCUAUUUACAUGAUAAUUUCCAAUAAAACGGUUUUGAUGGUACAAUAAAAGCAGGUACGUACUGUACGCAUUGUUAUUUCUGUAUUACAGUAGAGUGUACUGUACAGUGGACCCUCCAUUAACGAGCGGUUCAAUUUACGAGAUUUCAGUUAACGAGUUACCUCCCGUAAGGACUUUCAGUUCUAUUAACGAGUACAAAUUCUAUUAAUGACAGCCUUACGAGAAACACUUUUUGGUGCGCGCACCAGCUGAUCGACUCGUCCGCCAAUAACGAUUCUCUGUUUACCUUUGUUUCCAGUUGAGUAAAUAUUGAGAAAGUUGUGCUCUUAAAUAUCUUUGCAUUUUUACAUUAAAAUUAUUGGUCAUUCUGAAAUUUAGUUAACAUAUUGAUAAUAUAAAGUGUAGUGUUGAUUUAAUUAAAAAAUCUGGAAUUACAGGUUGUGAACUUAAAAUUUUAUUGAUGAAAUUAUCAGGCACUGGUCCGAAGAAAUCACGGAAGGCAAUUUCAAUUCAAGUGAAACAAGAAAUAAUUAAGAAACACGAAAAAGGCAUUAGAACCAAUGCACUCUGUAAAGAAUAUGACCUGUCGUCAUCGACUGUGUCUACAAUUAUUGCACAGAAAGACAAAUUUAAAUCAGUGAAAGUGAGAGAUAAAUCUACUAGAGUGUUUAAAGGUAGAUCGCUGAUUGCAGAAACGGAGAGGUUACUUCUUAUUUGGGUUAAAGAAAAACAGAUGAAAGGUGAUCCCAUUUCUGCUGAAUUCAUUUGUAAAAGAGCCAGGGAAAUUUAUGAACAUUUGAAGGAAGAUCAACCUAGUUCUUCUGAAACUGUGUUUGAAGACUUUAAGGCCAGCAAGGGCUGGUUCGAUAAGUUUAAGAAAAGAACUGGCAUUUAUUAUGUUGUUAGACAUGGUAAAGCUGCAAGUGCAGGUAAAGAAGGAGCUGAAAAAUUUGUAGCAGAAUUCAAGAAACUGAUGGAUAAAGAGGAAUAUCUUCCACAGCAAGUUUUCAAUGUCGAUGAAACUGGGCUGUUCUGGAAGAAAAUGCCCAAAAGGACAUUCAUCUCCAAAGACGAAGCUGCUUUACCAGGGCAUAAACCAAUGAAGGACCGUCUCGCUCUAUUGCUUGGUGCCAAUGCUUCAGGGGAUUUCAGACUGAAACCUAUGCUUGUAUACCACUCUGAGAACCCCAGGGUGUUCAAGCAACAAAAGGUGGUCAGAAGACAACUUGGAGUUUAUUGGAAGUCGAACUGCAAGGCAUGGGUAACGAGGCAGCUCUUUAAUGAAUGGGCAGUUGAGGUGUUUUGUCCUUCUGUGAAGAAUUACCUCACCACUAAUAAACUUCCUUUAAAGGCUCUUCUCCUUAUGGAUAAUGCCCCUGGUCAUGACCCUGAACUUGCCAGCACUUUGGAGGCCCGAUUUGACUUCGUCAAAGUUUUGUUUUUGCCUCCCAACACUACAUCAGUUAUGCAGCCAAUGGACCAAAAUGUAAUCAGCAACUUCAAGAAGCUGUAUAUGAAGAUGAUGUUUAGAAGGUGUUAUCAGGCAACUACCACUGAUCCUGAUCUAUCACUGGCACAGUUCUGGAAGACGCAGUACAACAUCCUGGAGGCUGUAAAAGUGAUCGUGUCAGCAUGGCAAGAAGUCUCUACUCAAUGCCUGAAUUCUGCGUGGAGAGCACUGUGGCCAUCAGCAGUCCAUGAUUUUGAGGGAUUUCAGAAAGAAGCAGAGUUGGACAAGGAGAUUGUGUCCAUUGGUCAGUCAAUGGGACUCGAAGUGGAGGAGGAGGAUGUUGAAGAGCUUGUGAUGUCUCAUGAGCAGGAACUUUCUCCUGAAGAUUUGAAACAACUGGAUGAGAUGAUUGAAACAGACAGUGGUGAGGAAGAAAGGGAGAGUGAUGACCAUAUGUCGACCUCAGACUUAAAAGAUGUCAUUCACCACUGGAAUAAGUUUAGGAAACUGGCUUCAAGGCACCCUGAUGUGGAAACAACAGAACCUAUAUUGUGUGCCAUGGAGGACAAAGUGAUCUCCUUCUUCAAGAACCAGCUAAUCAAUAGGAAGAGAAAUGCCACACAACUGACACUUAACAGCUUCUUCUCUAAAAGGCAGCGCGAGAAAGAUGAUUCCCCUCGGUCUUCCUCUCCAAAAAGGAGGACAGAGGAUUUUCAUGUUAGAGAAUCUGUCACCCCAGAGAUUUCUAACAUCAUUAUGGAAGGUGAUUCGCCUCCCAAGAAGCAUUAAAAUGCUUCUCUUCUCCUCCUCUUCCACUCCCCUUCAUCUUCCUUCUCCUCCACCUUUCAACUCAGCCAGCAACAUUCUACAUACACACCUCAAGCAGUGGGCUAUACACCAAAUGGGUGUGGCAGGGAUGGACACCUACAAUCGCCAUCAUCUUCAGGUGCUUCAGUAUAAACACACCUGCCCGUCCUGCUGGUGAUAAGCUUGAAAAGGAUAAAAGGUGUGUUUUGGGCAAGAGAAGCAAGAGGGAGGAAAACACCUCCAAGUCAGUCUGCAAGCAGUGUCGUCGGACCUGUGUGUAGGACCCACUACUGUCCUGUCUCCUUUGAUUGCAUCGUCUGAAAGAGACUCCAGAAGACCUAGACAUGGAUGAGGCACCACUUCCAGUCCUUUCAACAGGGCCAUAUGGAGCUGGGCCUGACACACGGACUCCACCAGACUUACCACCCUUACACUAAGUCACCCCUCUACUCGGUACAGUGUGAGCCUGGGACCUGCGAAAAAACCUCGAUGAGGUAAAAAGAGUAAUUUUCGGAUACGGCAGCAGCCUGAGUCAAACACUCUACAUCUCUCUCCUCCAAGUAUACCCAAAUAUCCAAUGUUACUGCCCUCUUAAACUGCUUCAGUAAUAUUAAUUCUACUAAUGUUUCACGAGACACAGCUCAGGCAGCCUUAAACCAUCUCAGCCCAAACUUCCUAACCUUAUAUGCUAGUUCAAUAUCGCUUUCAUUAUCUUGUUUCCUCACUGCUGUCUAUAAAAUUCAGAGGUCAGUUGGUAAGCUUUAAGUAUAGUUUCCUACUUAUAGUCUUUACUUUGUGCCACUUCCAGUGCUUUAAAGGCUGACCUAGCUUUUCCACUCAACACUGACUGUAGUAAUACAGGCCAAUACUCGUUAGGCCACUCUAACAACUAAACAAUCUUUUAAAAUUGUAAGAAAAAUUCUUCAGGAUCAUAUUCAUCAAACCUAGGAACUAACCUUGAUUGUUUAGACAUAAAACAAUGGGGUUCAUAAUUUCAUUAUUCAAAUGUCUUCUUGCUCUAUGCUGGGCUUUCUUUUCUAAUUCAAGCUGAAAUUUUUGCUCCUCUAAUUUUGCGUCCCUUUUCUUUUCUUUCAUAAGCAACUCAUGAGCUCUUUUCUCUCUAUUUGCUUCCAACUUUCCCCUCUCUACUUCCAACUUUUCCCUCCCUAACUCCAGUUCCAUUAUCCUAACAGGCUGAUUCUUAGAAUCAUGCCAUAUGUUCUUUGACUUCCAUUUUUUAUUCACGGUUUCUGUGCUGGUUCAUAUUUAUUUACUAAAGUGGUUAAUGUUUUAAAGCAAAUUAUAUUGAAAUAUGAAUGGCAAAUAAACAAA